AUGUCUACCGCAAACAACAUGAAUAUGGCUCAAACUAACAGGACUGAUUGUGCCAUGAAUAGGAAAAGAACCGAUGAAAUGAAGAAAGUCGAUGACGUGAAAAGGAAGUUGUUUUUGUCGAAGCUUCCAGCAAAACCUACUGGCGCAGCAAUUCCAAUUAGCAACAAUCGUUCGCAUUCUGAUACGAGUUCCCGAAGCGAAUGGAUUGACGAGGCUCUUGAGAUCAUCAACUCUUCAUCGCGUAGAGUUAUUGGACGAAGAGGCCCUCUUCGAAGGAAAGGCUCAUCACUCUCCGAACGAAGAGCAAGUGAACUUCUGAAAGACAACAGCGACCACCUGUCAGAACUCUUGCGAAAAAGCCAAGGUGGUUUGUUCGAUCUCAGCAGCGAUGACGAGAGUGAUUUGGAAGACUAA